UAAGAUUAAAAGUGUUGGGCUGGAGAGAUGGUUCAGUGGGUAAGAGCUGUGCACCCUUGAGGAUCUGAGUCUGGAACCCAGCAUCCAUGUAAAAUGCUGGAGGCAUAGCCCUGUACCUGUAGCCCUGGGGAGAGGGGGUUGGAGACAGGAGGAUCACUAUGUCCUGGUCCUCAGCCUAGCCAAUAGUGAGCUCCAGGUUCAGUGAGCAACCCUGUCUCAAGGGAAUGAGACAUGCACACAAAUUAAUUAAUGAGUUAGUUCACAAUAAAAGAUCGCCAUGCUCUGGUUGCUGUGAACAUCGAGACGGUGAGUAUCCUCCUGUAAGACUCCACCAAGGGCUCAUGAGGUCACCAGGAUGGCACAGCAGUAGCCAUGGAGAGGCUCCAGCCCCACAGCCCACUGGGACAGUGUGAACACUGACUGCGGACCAUGACUUCAGCAGAUGGAAACACGCCCAACAGUGAGCAGCGCUGCAGUGAGCCUCGGACGCAGCCUCGAGCCUCGGGGAGGCUAGGCCUCCUCUAGAAGGUGACGGGGUAAGAACUGGGCAUGGAUGACUUCCCUCUUCAGAUGCGGCUUUGCCAUCACCAGCUCAGCAAGCUCUUUGUAACUUUAUCUGGGAGAACCUGAGUAAAUAAUGGGAGAGAAAUGAAACUUUGGAAAAAAAAUCACUCUUUUGCGUUUGCUGUGAUAUUGCUAGAACAGUCGGUGGCAGUCAGGAGGGAGAGACCAUGAUGGAAGAGCUGGACUGAACCACUGUCAACACAACGUCACAAGAAGGGAAAUCAACUCUAGACCUUGAAGGCUGUUGAUGGAGAAGUGGGCGGAUGACAGCCGGGACUGUGGUCAUCACUGGGGGCAUCUUGGCAACUGUGAUUCUGCUCUGUAUCAUCGCCGUUCUCUGCUACUGUCGGCUUCAGUAUUACUGCUGCAAGAAGGACGAAUCCGAGGAGGACGAGGAGGAGCCCGACUUCGCUGUGCACUCCCACCUGCCGCCCCUGCAUUCCAACCGGAACCUUGUGUUGACCAACGGGCCUGCUCUCUACCCAGCCGCCACCACCUCUUUCAGCCAGAAGUCCCCACAGGCCCGUGCUCUCUGCCGCAGCUGCUCCCAGUACGAGCCGCCCACCUUCUUCCUGCAGGAGCCAGAGGACGACGACUUUGAGGGCGUGCGCAACGGCGGGGGCCGCGUGGCCUACAAAACCAUCAGCCAGGAGGACGUGGAUCUGCCCCCAGCGAGCUUCGGGGGCCUGCAGGCGCUCAACCCCAACCGCCUCUCUGCCAUGCGUGAGGCCUUUUCCCGCAGCCGCAGCGUCAGCACCGACGUGUGACAGGCCUCCAUAUUGCCUAGGCAUCCAGCCCCGGAAGGUCUUGAGAUCAUGGCAGGAUCCCCAUGGCAUGUCCUGGCUCCAGACCUCUGCUCAGCCAAGUCUUCCCUGUGUCCCUGUCCUAGGGCCUCUAGGCAUGGGGAACCCCCAGGCCCUCUACAAGGAUAAAGCCCAAUGAACCAGGUGUGGCUGGCACAAGAGGGGAGGCGGGGGUCAGGAGGGUAAGGUCAGGCUAUGUUGGGGCACAGGAGCUAGGUCCUGUUCCCAGGAAAUGAGAAGAUGGCUAAUGUCCACCCCAGCAACUUGUCAGUCUCUGGCUUCAUGGCCUUAGUCUGUCAUUCCCUCGCCAGGCCUUGGGCUUCCGACCUGUUCAAGGGAGCAGAGGUCUCACUGGUUGCCCUGGCCCUACAAGCAUGAACCUUCCAUAGAGACCGUGGACCAAAUAAAUAUUCUGUCCCUCCACCCUGUCUCCCCUCUCCCAUCCUUCUCCCCACCAUUUCUUCUUCCAGCCUUUGUCUCACACUCCUGAACCUAGGUGCCAAGCAUCUGCCCCAAGCUGGAAAUACCCAUUGCUCUGGCCUCCCUGAAGAUGGACAAGUCUUCUUGUAGAAGGGAGAAUUUAGGAGACAGCAGUGUCCUUGGGACACUUGUUCUACCCCGAUCUGCUUUUCUGAGAGAAGAGGCAUAGGCCCGGGGGGUGGGGGGGGGCAUUACUCUGGGAGGGUUGACACCAAAAUUUACACAUCCCGUACUCAUCCCUAAGCCCAGUCACCUGACAGACACACCCAGCGAGGCUGCUGAUGCACUGGAGAUGGCCCAGCUAUGCACUAGGGGUCUCAGGUGUGACUCUUGGGCAAGUCAUCCCACCCAUGGGCUUGAAUCCUCAUACAUGUAGUGGCUGGGGGGAGGGGCGGGGGCUGGCUGCAGAAAGCCCUGUGGACUCUGGUCCUCAGUGGGAACUGAGGUCCCUGGGGGGAGCCGAGCAACAGAUCAUCCACUUCUUGUUUUCUGCUUGGAAUGAGGUCGCAGGCCCAGCCAGCUAGAGCUGGCUGCCCGUGUGUGGAAGCCUCAUCUCUAGUCAUGCUGCUCCAAGCCCUCCACUGGAUGAGGAAUUGGUGUCAGGUGGCCACCCCUCGAAGGUGCCCCAAGCCCAGACCCAGAACCCCAGCCAUCAGGCACACCGUUCUCUCCUCUGACAGAGGCACCAUUCUUGGCAGCAUAGUCUCAAGAGUCCCUUUCCCUUGGGGCCCUAUUGCAUCCCCAGGCCCUGCAGUGGAGCCCUAGGGGAGCAAGUGCCCCCCCCGCCGCCCCCAUGAAGGUGCCUUCCUAGAGGACAGUGGCCACUCCCGAGCCAGGUACCACAGCAGGGCCCUCCACCCUUACUGCAGGCAGCUGAACCAUGCCAGUGAGGAUCUGCUGUCUUUGGCAUUUGAACUUUUCCCCCUUUUCUUUUUCCUGCCUUGGUUUGGUCUCGCUAAGGUCUAGUCCACCCUUAGAAUCACAGAAGUCCUCAAACUACCCCUUUCCUCUCUGCUUCUUUGUCCCGGUCUACCCCAUGGCCUCUGUCCCUUGCAUUACUUGGGGUAUGGGUGAGGUAGGGAGGGUGCUCUGGGCUCUUCUGUCUUUGUGUCCCAUCCCUCCCCUCCUUUUUUUUAACCUCCACCAUCUCUGUAUAGACCCAUAGACAUCUGCAAAGUGAAUUAAGCAUCCACCCCUACCGGCUCACUCAACACCACCAUGGGACCUGCCAGGAACCCACCCAGCACCCUGAGAAAAAGCAAAAGCCAAUAAAUUUGUUUCCCACACCAUG